CACACAAGACAUCUUCAGCACUCUUUUACCAUGGAUUUCUCCUGGAUCUGUGCAGCACGAGCUCAGCAGAGCCUGCUCUAGCCUAAGAACGGGCCGAGUCAAGACAAUCAAGAUGACAAACGAGCCUAUCAAAGAGAUCCUGGGCACCCCAAAGCACCCUGAUUCUGUGCCCACAGAGAAGAGUAACAACAAUGACUGUGUGAUAACCACCAUUCCCCUGGUCAGUGAGUGCCAGCUGACGGCAGCCACGGGGGGAGCAGAGCUCUCCUGCUACCGCUGCACCAUUCCCUUCGGCGUGGUCAUCCUGAUCGCCGGCACCGUGGUCACUGCCGUGGCAUACAUCUUCAACUCCCAUGGAUCCAUCAUCUCCGUCUUUGGCCUGGUCCUCUUGUCCUCAGGACUCGUUCUGCUGGCUUCCAGCGCCGUGUGCUGGAAGAUCAGGCAGCACAAGAAGAAAGCAAAGAGGCGGGAGAGCCAGACAGCGCUCGUGGCAAACCAGCGAACCUUGUUUGGCUAAAGGCAGCCAGGAGAAGGCUGGACAGAAGGCAGAACCUUUGUAAGUCAACUUGGCUAUUUAUCAGUAGGAGAGAUUGCAGGUUUUAAUUUAACUGUGGAAACAAACUGAAAUGAAAAUUGAAUGGAUUAAGAAAUACUUGUAGCAACUCUGCAAGUGCUCUCAAUAUAUUUCUUACUGCAGACUUGGUAGUGAUUCUUUCAAGACAGAGGAAAACCCAUUUUUCCUUCACAGAAAACUGUGUCACAUGACUGCAACCAUCCUAACUGCACUCUACAACAUGCUGAAAAAUGUGUUGGAAAGGGAACGUGUGGGAACUGAGAAAGUAAUUUGAAUUGACUUGAAAUGCCAGAGGUCUCCUUAAAACACUGACAUUUGACCAAAGGAGAAGUCAUAGCAUUUGAAGUGACUACAAGCUUAUGGCCAGAGUAUCUGGGACUUAAACUGUAGCUGAAAAAAAAAAAAGCAAUAAGAACACAUUGCAAUUUUCUCAAUAAGCUGAUUCUUAUAUUUUAUGUAACUUCCCCAUCCCAAUACCUGUGGUACUUUCCCCCUUUUUUAAACCAACUAAUAUUGAUUUUGUUUCAGUAUUGAAUAGAAAUCAGUAGAAAUGUGUAAUUAUAUUGUUUAACAUAAAUAACAAGGUAUGAUCAUAGCUUAAAACAUGAGACUUUUUUUGUAAAUUAAGUGGUCAGGUUUAGCACUUUUGAUUAUUUUGCUAUAAAAUUAAAAAAUAAAUUUCAUUAAAAUAA